ACCUUGUCUUUUUUGAAAACCAUUGAAUUAAAUAACGGUUUCUGACAAAAUUUUCCGGAACAAACCUACGUGAAAAAAUGAAAGCAAAGAAACUGUAGCCGAUAUUCAAUUUUACUGGUUGCAUUUCCGGUCUAUGCUUACCGGUUGCCCAAAUACCGAAGACCAAGCUGAAAAAAUCGUGUCAAUUUAAUGGCCAGUUGAUUCAAUGGCAUCUUUUUCACUAUACAUUAAAGUUUCAUCCAAGGAAAAUGCCAAUUAUUCAGUUUAAACACACCGAUCAGCAACGUAGAACAAUGUAAUAUGAAGCAAAGUCCAAGAAGAGAAUGUAACAACCGUCUUCUUAAACAAAGUGUUUCUUCGCUCGUACUCCUACAAAUUUGAAUUCAUACUGUAUUGACUGGACUACCACGAGAAUGACUCAUUCGAAAUUUUUAUGCAAAAACUGUGUGUGUGUAUGCGGCUGAAUAGCUGAAUAAACGAAACGUCAUCGUAACACUACGGCGCAAAGACGACAAAGAAACCGAGCUAAUGUCAAAAUUCUGUGUUUUAUUAUUCGGUCUUGUGAAAUCGUUCAAAUAAAAUUAUUUUUUGUAAUUUUCUGCGUUUUCCAUCGAUAUUUUGGAAUAUUUGAACUUUAAGUGAGUGGUUAUCGAAGUGAUUGAUAUACAAAAUAAUCGGACACAUUGAUUUUGUCGGGCGUGGUUGAAUUAUUAGCAUUCGGUCAUUUGUGCAUCCGUAAACGCACCACAAAAAGUAAUCGCAAAAAAGUGUUAAGCCGAGGAACAUUUGCAACCCAAUAGACAAUUCCGUAAACAUGAAGCUCGAAUUGAAAGUGGAACAGACCAAUUCAUCUAGCGAUGAAGAGGAUUUGGAUGUUAGUCAAAGUUCUUCCGAAAAUGCACUGAAUCGAAAGCUCGUUUCCUUGGAUGGCAUACACAGUGGUGUACCUACUCGAACAACUGCAACCUUAACACCUACAACUCUAAGAAAUAUUGAACAGACAUUUUUCGAAUUAACAAACGAUCCACCAACUUCGGUACCCUGUCAGGCGGGAUUCGUUGCGCCAUUACCAACAUUUUCAUUUGAACAAGAUCAUCAAGAUCACAGUCUCGGAUCAACUGGAUCCAGCUCAGAUAGUUCAUCGUGGCAAACAUCGCCACCAGCUGUAACCGAAGAAGUAACUACAGCAGGACAAAAAGCAACAAGACGAAAUAUGGGAGGUCGUCGACCGAAACAUCCUUCAAAUUUAACUCCGGAGGAAGAAGCUAAGCGAAAAGUACGCAGAGAGCGCAACAAAUUAGCUGCUGCAAGAUGUCGAAAACGACGCGUUGACCAGACAAACGACCUCGUCGACAAAGUCAACCAAUUGGAAAAGGAGAAACAGAAACUUCAGUCCGACAUCCAGGAAUUACAGCUGGUGAAGGAAGACCUAGAAUACUGUCUGGACAAUCAUCGUGCCCAAUGUCGUCUGAUUCUCGACAAAAUCAAAGCGGAACCAAUCGAUCCAGCCUACAAAGAUGACGAACCGCCACCACCCAAACGAAUGCUAAUGUCCAAUUCCAAUCCAGUCAUUGCCGCACCGCCAUCCGCAUCGCCAUUCUGUCCUCCCACUCAAACCAAACCGAAUCGGCCCAGCUCAUUGAACGUGUUCACCCACAUAACGCCAUCGCAAGCGUUGAGCAUGAACAAAAAUAUAAUGGACAUUGCUGGUGUGCCCAUCACCACACCGUCAACCGGUGUAUUCAAUUAUGACAGUUUGAUGGAUGGUGGCACCGGUCUGACGCCGGUUUCACAGCCGCUGAUGCCUUCAUUGAAUCGAAAUCCAUUAGAAUUGGUCACACCGACAUCAGAGCCAUCCAAGUUAGUCAGUUUAUAAUGUUUAAUGUUGAAAGGAUGAAAGACGAGAUGUAUGGACGAAGGUAAAGUUUAAAUUGUGUCCAUUAAAUUCUAAUAAAAAAAGAGAGAAAUAGAUGGCGUUGUGAUAUUGUGUAUUACUUUUUUUUUGUUUAUUAGUUUCUAAUUCAAAAUGAGAGGAGAAAUUCCGUUUCUUCCCUUCUUUUAAAAGAGAAAAGAAAAGAAAAAUUAAUUUUUUGUCGCCGUUUAUCCCCCAAUCUAAAAACAUUAAAUUAAUCAACGAAAAGCAAAAUAUUUUUGGUUUUGUUUUUGUAUGAAUUUCGUUUUCUUAUAAUUAUUUUAUAUUUUCUGUUUUUUUUUUUAUUUCUGUUAUUUAUUAUUGUUUGACUUGCGACUGGCCGGAGAGAUCGGACAAAGACACGAAAAUUAAACUAAAAACGAAAGAAAACAAGAGAAAAAAAAACUACGAAAAUCUCCAUCUCUCUCCGGUCGCUUGGCAUCAAUUUUAAUUUAUAUUUAAUAUUUAAGCAAAUUAUUUUUUACAUUUUAUAGCCGAAACUAAAGAUUUUAUGACAUUAACAAAAUAUUUUUAAUUUUUUUUUGCGUUAAAAAACAGAACUCAUUGUUUGUAAUUCAUAUUCUUUUCAUACUUGAAGGAUCGCAUCAAUUUGAAAUGGAAUCAAUUUUGCAGAUUUUUUGUUAAACGAUUCGUGUUUGAUAUCAUGUGUCUGUUUGCAUUUUGAUUAAGAAAAUCUACCUAAAAUUAGCAAAUGGAAGACUGGCAUCUUAAGACGAAAUAGAGUAAUUCAAUUUGUUAUGAGCUUGAACGAGCUGUUGAACGUUUGUCUUGGAUUAACAAUCUGAGUCUAUUUUCACGAAUUGAAAUUCUUAAAAAUUCUUGAACCUUCUUCAAAAUUAUCGAAAAUUUAUAAAAUUCUCAAGAUUUUUCCCGAAUUUUCGAGAAACUUAAAGAAUUCCAAGGAAAUCCACACGGAAAUUCGAAAAAAAAAUCAAAAGAAACUCAAAGGCUCCGCAAAGCUCUAACAAAUUGAUUUAUGUUGUUUCCAGUUAAAAGCGAAUCGGAAUUAGUGAAAGUAUCAUGCAAAACUGAUUCUACAUUUCAAAUGAACUUUAUGGUCAAUUUUAAGAAUUUGAAUUACAAAUUGAUAAUGCUUUAGAAAUGGCGGAAUUGG